UCUUCUGGGAUCUGCUUCAGAGUGCCUUUUUAAGUCACUAGUUUUGAACACUUUAGCACUUGGAUCUCUUUCUUACUUCUGCUUCCUGUUUGUAAAUGUUUAAUCUGUCUGUCCUCUUUGCUUCCUCCACUAUAGUCAUCUAACUCUCACCUUUCUUGAUGUAUUCUUUGAUGCAAUUACUAUACUUGGUUCCUCUAUUUUUGCAGAUUAUAUGUGACUUGUGAAUACCAAUGAUAGUUGAAACGCCUUGUGGUUAAAGUCAGGAACAGCACUUACUCGUCUUAAACUGGAAAAGUCAUGCCUACGUUCCCCAAGUUUCAUGUGCUACUGGUCUUCUUUGUCUGGCUUCUUUCUCCUUGGCUCUCCUCUGCCAUACCUAUCAACAUAUGGCCAAAGCCAAGAUUUCUAUCAUGGCCUCAACAUAAAGGCAUCACCCUCUCUCCAGACUUCACCAUCAUUUCCCCUCAACACCAACACCUUUCAGCCUCCGUUACACGCUACCACAACCUGAUCCACUCAGAGAAUUACUCUCCUCACAUUACCAACUCCAUCAAACUUAUCAAACGCUACAACUUAAGCAAACUUGUAGUCACUAUCACAGAUCUUUCUCUUCCCCUUCACCACGGUGUUAACGAGUCUUACACCCUCUCCAUCCCCUUUAAAAGCUCCUCAGCUCACUUAUCAGCUCAUUCGGUUUGGGGAGCUAUGCAUGGCCUUGAGACAUUCUCUCAAAUAACUUGGGGAAAAGCUCCUGAGUUGUGUGUACCAGUUCGAAUCUAUAUUCAGGAUUCUCCUUUGUUUGGUCAUAGAGGGGUGUUGCUAGAUACAUCAAGGAACUACUAUGGAGUAGAGGAUAUAACAAGGACCAUCAAAGCUAUGAGUGCAAACAAACUCAAUGUGUUCCAUUGGCACAUUACUGAUUCACAUUCUUUCCCAUUGGUGCUUCCUUCUGAGCCUUCACUUGCUGCAAAGGGAUCUUAUGGACCGGACAUGGUAUACGCUCCUGAAGAUGUCUCAAUGAUUGUUCAGUUUGGUUUGGAGCAUGGUGUUAGAGUUCUUCCUGAAAUAGACACUCCUGGCCAUACAGGUUCAUGGGGAGAAGCUUACCCGGACAUAGUCACAUGUGCAAACAUGUUCUGGUGGCCAGCUGGAAAAAGCUGGGAGGAGCGGUUAGCUAGUGAACCGGGAACUGGUCAGCUUAACCCCUUGAACCCAAAGACAUAUGAAGUUGUUCAAAACGUUAUACAAGAUGUUGCUAAGCUAUUCCCUGAGCCUUUCUUUCAUGGAGGUGGAGAUGAAGUCAUCCCAGGCUGCUGGAAAACAGACCCUGCAAUCACUUCCUUCUUGUCCUUUGGUGGAACACUAAGCCAGCUUCUUGAAAAGUACAUAAACUCGGCGUUACCUUACAUUGUGUCACAGAACAGGACAGCUGUUUACUGGGAAGAUGUUCUGUUGGAUGCACAAAUCAAGGUGGAAUCUUCAUUUCUUCCUAAAGACCACACAAUCUUGCAGACUUGGAACAACGGUCCUGUGAACACUAAGAGAAUAGUAGCUGCUGGUUACAGAGUAAUUGUAUCUUCGUCAGAGUACUACUACUUAGACUGUGGUCACGGCGGGUUUCUAGGGAACGAUAGUCAAUAUGAUCAGCAAGGACGCGGUGGUAGCAGUGAUGGAGGGUCUUGGUGUGCACCGUUUAAGACGUGGCAGACCAUAUACAACUAUGAUAUAACGGAUGGUUUGGUCGAUGAGGAAGAGAGGAAGCUGGUGUUAGGAGGAGAGGUAGCGUUGUGGUCAGAGCAAGCUGACCCUACGGUAUUGGACUCAAGGCUGUGGCCACGUGCCUCAGCGUUUGCUGAGAGUUUGUGGUCAGGGAAUAGAGAUGAGAGAGGUGUGAAGAGAUGUGGUGAGGCUUUGGAUCGGUUAAACCGUUGGAGGUAUAGAAUGGUUAAGAGAGGGAUUGGUGCUGAACCUAUUCAGCCGUUGUGGUGUUUGAGGAAUCCUGGGAUGUGUAAUGCUGCAGUUCAUAGUGCUUCAGAAGAUCUAUAAAGAAAGGAAAUAAAUGAAAAUUUGAUUUAACUUAAACAAAGUUAUUUUUCUUCUAAUGAAAUUUGCAUGUCUGAUAUAAGAAACAUUUAUGCUUGUUAAUGUCACAUGCUAAAGUUUUAGGGAUAUUUUUACGAAUA